AUGGGGGUUGUACGUGAGAAUUUGACUGCUAAUAACACUCCAAGCUGUCCUUGUGCAAUUUGUUUAUAUGGAUUCACUGACUCUGACAUCUUCACAAAGACUCCAUGCUUCCACUACUUCCAUUCAUAUUGUUUAGGAAGAUACAUACUGAAGUGUGAAGAAGAAGCAGCAGCAGAGGAAGAAGAACCACAGCCAGCCUGGAUGGCUCGAGAAAAGAAGCAGUUAGUGUGCCCUGUGUGUCGGGAUCCCAUCCAGCAAGAGCUAAGCAGCCAAGAACUUUUGAUGUCAGCUCCACCAGAAGAGGAUAAAUGUGUGACAGAAUUCCAGGCAGAUGACCCAGAGAUAGUUGCAAUGCAGCAGAGGAUGGCUGUAUUGUAUCUGCAGCAGAAGGAAAAAGGAGGCAUAAUAGACUUAGAGGAGGAAAAAAAUAGAUUUCUAGUUUCUUCUAAUAGGGUUGACUCCUGUGAAGGACUAGAAGAGAGCGCUGAAAGUGAAGGGGGAAGUAAUUCAGUACGAGAUGGCCAUGGUGAACCACAUCAGGGUAGUGUUCCUCAUUUGCCAACAGCUGGUCGAAGAGGAGGUAGGCCAACGGUCCAUAGAUCACAUGUUCCAAAAUCCCAUGGGGGACAUGGUCAUCAGUAUUGGAGGAGUGCAGACCAGGGUGAUAUAAGGCACUGGCAAGGUAAUCGUGGAAGUCGAGGAGGAAGUGGUGGUAGAGGCAGAAGUGGAAAUGCACGUUCAGCUUAUCCAAAUCAUAGAAUUAUUGCAGAAUCACAUAAUUUUAAUGUAUCUGAAUACAAAUCAGCCCAUAUUGAAAGUGCUUGUACUACAAAGGCACAUCAAGGCAAACGUGAUCAAAGCAUAUAUCAAAAUGGUAGUUCUAACACUGCUCUAGACAGUCAAGCAGAGAGUGCUGAAAUUGGAAACAACACAGGAGGUGGAGUUCGAAGGGGCCCCAAAAAUCCAGGACAUCGACAGAGAUAUGGCUCAGGUCGUGGAAGGGGACGUGGACCUCCCCCAGGUUUUGCUCCACCAAGUAUCCGUCAUUCAGAUCAAGACUGGAGUUGACGAUUGUGGCUUGCAGGGUCACUUCCACCCUGUUUCUCUUUUACUCUUUGGCUUCUUGUCAUUGUAUUAAAUAUAAUCAUUGUAACUUCUUUAAACUUGAAGUAUUUUUCUUAUUUGCCUUGCAAACAGAAUGAAUGUAGUAGACAUAGUUUCAAUAGUAUCUUUGUGCUUCUACCUUCUAUAUCAUUAAGUCAGUGUGCAAAAUGUUUGUAUGUCACGCAUGUCUUUAUUCCAUUUCUUUUACCUGAUUUUAUUUAUAAGAUCUUGAAGAGCAUUAUCUUUAAAAUUCCACUGAAAAAGUUGUACAGAACUAGAAAUGUUAAAGUCGUAAAUUUUGUAGCAUUGCAUCUUUGACAGAAAUUCAUCAUCACCUGUAAAUUGCCAAAGGAUUAGAGAUCAUUCCAUUGUUACCUGUAUUCUAAGAUGUGGUUUUUGUGAAAGUCUAUUUCACUAAGAUGGUGCACCCAGUGUUGAUAUUGGUAUCUUUUUAGAUCCAUUCCAACAUAAUAACUUAGUUCAUUUUUUUCUUAAAAGGUUGGUUUCUGUGGAAGCUUAUGAUUAACUUGCACAAAGUGGAUUCUUUUCUUUUAAAAAUUUGUUUACUUCUCUGCCUAUGAAAAUGGUAGAAAAUGGAUAUAGGAGACUCAGGCAAGAUGGUUUAAGAUAAGAUUGAAACUAUGAGAUAAUCACCUUAACCCUCUGUAGAAUUUUCUAUAUGUAUAGUUGUAAAUGUGGGUGUGGGAAUGGGUGGGUGGGUGUAUGUAGAUGUGCAUAUACGCACGCAUGUACACACACACACACACACACACACACACACACACACACACACACACACACACACACACACACACACACACACACACACACACACACACACAUACACUCUCUCUCUCUCUCUCACACACACUCACACACACUCACACACAAAUAAACACACACUCACACACAAAUAAAUACACACACACACACAAAUAAAUACACACACACACACACACACACACACACACACACACACACACACACACACACACACACACACACAUACACACACACACACACAAAUAAAUACACACACACACACACACAUAUAUUAAUAGGAUAUGAUAUAUCCCAAAGUGUUUUUCCUGCUUAAUGUCUUUUGACUUCAUAUAUAAACUAUAGUAAUUCUCUUUGUUUUUUGCUGUUGUCAGGAAACUUCAUAUUUAUUGUCAUAUGCUUUUAGCAUUUCUUUUUCUUUCUGUGACAACCCUAAUGAUUUGUAAAGGGAAAUAUAUUUUUGGACUUUAGGAUUUGGUUUCUUCAACUUUCUAGUAUUAAUGACUGUCCAUGAAAUAUAUUGCACACUAUAUAAUGUGCUGAAGAUAUUGAAUAUGAACAUGUCAGCUGAUUUGUAAGAUAUAUUUUAUUUAUAAAUACAUUAUUCUUUUCUUGACAGAUA